AUGGCUGCAACCCUGGACGACACGGUGCUCGCACAAUGCAUUCUCCGUGAACUCACGCACUUGAAAGUCAAAGGCUGCGCCAUGCGGGACUCUACGUGUUCCUCAGACACUGAGACACCUUCCCCUGCUUCGUCACAGAGCCUGUCCUCCAUCCGAUCCUCCUCGCCAACAGGGCUCAUGCAGUUCAGUCCUUCCAUUGCUCCUCCUCCGGGACUUGCUCCUCCUCCUCCGGGACUGCCGUUGCCGCUUCCGCUAGCCAGUCUUGUGCCUCCUCCACGGCAGCCUCUGUCUCGGACGGUGUCCAUCGAGAUGCCAGCGGAAGCCUCCAAGGAGCUGCAGUGGCAAGUCCUGAAUCCAAACGCGAAGUUCAAGUCUGCCUGUGGCUGCCCACUCGUUUCCCAGCCUUUCCAGGUGGGAGAGCUGGAGGAUGUCAGGGUGAUCUUUGCGCCUGGAAAGCAGUGGAUGACGGAGUACUGCAGAACGACCAAGAAGCACAAGAAGAGCCAGGCCUGUGAUGACCUGCCGAAGUUCGGCUCCUUGCAGCUGAAGAUCUCGGGCAAUGCGAAGGCGGGAGACUGCAACGUCUACUUCCUCUUUGGUACCCAUCGCUUUGGCCCCGUUUCCAGCCCGGCCGGGCAGUGCACCACUGAGGUCUUCGAGUUGCCGGUAGACUGGCGUAGAGAACUGCAUGGGGGUGCGCUCAGCAUCGGGGUGGAGAUCGAAAGCGCAUAG